CGAGCUUCACACUUUGUUCGAUCUUUCCCAGAUUCUCUUUCAAUUCAGUUUUCGUUGUUGUUUACAAAGAAGUUGAAAUUCAAAUGGAGACUCCAUCAUCAACAAGAAGGGUCACUAGAUCACAGGCUCUCUCUGCAAUCAACAACUCUGAUUCUGGCUUCAAAUUCCCCUUUUCAUCAUCAAAAAAUACAGAGGAUUCAAGCAUCGGUCAAAGAAAGAACAUCAAAGCACAAGAAGACAGGUCUGCACUAAUCGACAUAACCAACGACUCACCGAUCGUGGGUCUAACGAUGCAGACACCUCCUUCAGGGUUCAUGGUUAAAAGGAAAAGCAGCAGAAUCAAGAACACGCCUGGAUCUGGUGAAGCCCUUUUGAGAGGACAAGUCAAAACCCUCUUGCACAAAGUUGAAGAAGGAACAGAGGUUAUCCAUUCAAUAGAGACUCGUCCUUUUAUCCAUCUCGUCACUUCUCCAAUGAGACUUCUCGCUCCAACUCCAGCAAAUACUCCUCAAUUUCCAAACUUUUCAGAUAAUGAUGUGAAGAUUAAGAUCGCAUCACCGAUUGUUGCUGGACAAUUGAGAACCCCUCAGAUAUUUGAAGAGAAAGAAGAGAAGAGUAUGAGCGUAACUCGUUCUUUGCUGUUUGACUUCACGGACAAGUUAGCAUCAUGGGAAGAAGAAGAAGAAGAAGAAGAGGUUGAUGGGUUGUGUGAAGGAAUGAAGAAGAUGAGUGUAGAGACAACUCAAGCUGAAUUUGCAGGGAAACAUAACAGAUUUGUGUACAACAGUGAAGACGAGGAGAUCAUAGAGGCUAAAGAAGUGUUGCAUUUGAAAGGAAUUCCAACUCCUAGAGGAAAGCAUUUUAGGUUUGCUACUAAAGAAGAAGACGACGAAUAAUCUUCUUUGAUUCUAUUGGGCUUUGUUUGCUUUGUAUUAGUCACGAGAGAGUGAUCUGUACUUUUCUGGGCCCAAAAAGGCCCAUUUAUUGGAGAAAUAGGAGAAAAGUCGUUGUCUGAAAUGAGGACAAAAGGACGUUCCAA